CUGUAUUACACGUCGGCUUCGCACAGAACUCUGCCAUGCCACUGCUUAACGCACCUCUGCGAGCCUUUUGUCUCAAAGUCAUGUCCUCUCCUCAUUUGUGAAGGAUCGGUGUGGUCCGACACAGCCGAACGCUUGGAGCGCCCCCUCCCCCUCGUCGCCCCGUUGCCCCGGUAACAGCGGCUCUUGCACGAGUCGCGGUGCUCCCCAAACUCGUCGUGAUAUCUGCCCUGCGCAGAGCUGAACCCUCGGCCAGAAUCCUCUUCUCCUUUGCGCAUCUUGCAUAUUCCUAGAAGUCUGUACCGACAUCAAUUGUGCGGCCAUCACGAGCGUGCUUGCUGCCGUGCAAUCUCGUCUUCAGUGGAGAGUAUAGCUGCACACAGCGGGCAGGGGGUUUUACGGCAGUACACAAGGCCGGCGGCGGAAUGGCGGAGAACUAUGAGAUGCUCGAGGAGCUGGGGAGUACGUCGAAGUCCUUUGCAGCUUGUCGUGAGCGACGAGGCUGGAUGCUGACAAACGAUGGGCAGGUGGCAGCUUUGGAGUUGUGUACAAGGCGAGAGACAGGACAACAGGCGAGCUUGUUGCCAUCAAGCACAUCGAUCUCGAGGGCAGCGACGACGACAUCAAGGACAUACAGCAGGAGAUUUCAGUCCUGAGCACCUGCAACAGUCCAUAUGUUACACAGUACAAGACCAGCUUUGUGCGAGGGACCAAGCUAUGGAUUGUUAUGGAGUAUCUGGGAGGUGGAUCUUGCUUGGACCUUAUCAAGCCUGGGCCGUUUCACGAAUCCCAAGUCGCCAUCGUGUGCCGCGAGCUGCUGCACGCCCUCGAUUAUCUCCACCAGACAGGCAAGAUUCACCGCGACAUCAAAGCUGCAAACAUCCUUCUUGCAGUGAGUGGCAAGGUCAAGAUCGCAGAUUUUGGCGUCGCUGCACAGCUCACCAACAUCCGGUCGCAACGCAUGACGUUUGUCGGCACCCCCUUCUGGAUGGCCCCCGAAGUGAUUGAAGAGUCUGGGUACGAUUUCAGGGCAGACAUAUGGUCCCUCGGCAUCACAGCCAUGGAACUGGCCCUUGGAGAACCCCCGAAUGCAAAUAUUCACCCGAUGAAGGUCCUGUUUCACAUCCCCAAGGCACCACCACCGCGGCUUGAGGGUCAAUUCAGCAAGGAGUUCAAGGACUUCGUUGCGCUCUGCCUGCAGAAAGAGCCAGACAAACGGCCAACGGCAAGGGAGCUUUUGCGCCACCGAUUUAUCCGCAAUGCCGGUAAAGUGGAUCAGCUGCGAGACGUAAUAAGGCGGUACGAGCGGCAUGUGGCAAAGGGCGAGAAGACCACUCAUCCGAAGUAUUAUGAGGAAACGUUGCAGGAUUUGUCCCCGAAGCUGGAACAGGAUGACUGGAUAUUCGAUACCAUUAAGCCAGCGACAAUCGCCCCUCCGAGGAGGAGGAAGAUGUCGCGGAUACCGUCGGAUGCGUCGGACGUCACCAAUCCCUACGCGACGGUCGAAACCAGGGAGAGCCCAAGCGCAAUGCUUGAACGCAUGGAUAUCAGUGACGGGCCGUUGGGAACCGGUUCCCCGGCACAUGGUUACCCCACGAUGAUGCGCAAAUCCAGUCAGACGGGGACGAGCAGGAGAUCAUCGGUUGUCACUGCGCAGCGUGCUCCCUCCGGCCAGACGCCGACAGCAAGGCGCGUCAGCAGGACGGACGGCACACCGCAGAAGAAGCCGCUUGGUCUCGAUAUGUCCUUUGGCAACUCUCCGUCCUCAGCACGACCUUUCCGCCGCGUGUCCUCUGGCGGGCACGAGAAGAAGUGGGCUCCAGAGCGAGACGUUUCGAACAGCUCGAUAGCAGAGCCUCGAGUUGGCCAUGGUCUGGACCGUGAGAAGUCUGCAUCGAACGCGUCCACACUGGUCGGCUCGGACGAGAACACGCCGCCGCUCUCGAUGGCGGAAGACGGCUACUUCAAAAAGGAGCUGCCCAUUCCCGUGAAGCCGAUCCAAUUGACCAAGGAAGCCCUCCUUGGCCGUCGCGCAUACAGCAAAGUGGUUGACGCCACGUUCCAGGAACAGCACGCCCAGACCGGAGAUCUCGAGAAAAGAGAAGCCCUGGCGCGGCUGCACAACGCGUGGAGCGUGCUUGACAGGAUAGACCCCGAGGGCGAAUUCCUGCUGCUCCGGUCGCUCAUCGAGAAUGCAAGGGAGGAUCCAAAGCUCUCGGCGGCUCUGGGGCUGUCCAACGCGCUUCCGCCGACGACACCCAUCUCCUCGCCCACGAAGCACGCGUCGCCCGUCAAGAACACCCCCGUGCUCCCACCAGCCCCGGUAAGGGCACCUAUGGCGCCUCCCUCGGCGCCGGCGACACCGCGCCACAGGCAAACCCAGUCCGUCUCCGACAUCGACGCCUCAGCCAUCACCCGGACGCCCAGCAGCGCCGCGAAGCAGAGGCUCGUCCUGGCGCAGAACAACCCGCAUCUCAAGAGCCACCGACGGCGCCAGAGCGCGCUGCUGGAGAGCGAGAUCGCGCAGAAGCUUUCGGCCGUCGACGAGAAGCGCAUGCCGGGCUAUGUGCCCCCGGGCAUGGAGCAGAGCGGUGGUCUUGCCGACGCCCUGUACAGCAGGUGGCUGGAAGGUCUGAAGAGCAGAUGGGGCGGGUCCUAAAGUCAUCCACCCCGAAUACCAAGAGAGGGGGCGUCGAGCUGGCUGUUGGCCGUCACAUCUGUAUCAUACUGCUAGGUUUUUGCCACGCAUCUGCGCAUCCAUUUUCCGCGUCGUUUGGACGCGGGCCAAAAGCAGGAAUCGGGAAUCGAAAAAAAAUGUCCUCCUGCCUUACGCUUGCACACUGCAUGUGCAUGGGAUCAUCGGCGCUCUUGUUCUUGAUUCUUUUUUCCCCCUUUCGCAGGAGCAUUUGAACUGGUGUACAGCUUUGUUUUCUUUGGGGGAGGAGGGCCCUUGGGAGAUUUUGCAUUUUUGCGGGUCUGGGUUCGCGAGCCUUUUUGUCUUCAUCGUCUUUCUUUUCCUCCAUUUUAACGCUAUACGCAUGGUACGAUGAUGAGAAAAGGAGAGGUGCCGUCGGAGCGCGAGUUGUACAUAGAUAUCGAACAUGGCGAGCGUCAUGGUAGUAGACUUAUAAUCAAAGAACCUCCAACGUUA